CCCGACACUCGCGCGAAAAUUUCCCUCUCCCGCGCUUCCGAGCGGUUCCCCUCCACUACCAUUUCAAAAUUGAAAAGAUUCUUGUCAUCUAUUCCAAUCGCCCCGAUCACGAUCACCGCUUUCAAACCUCUCGCCGCCCCGUCCCCUCCUGUCCCCUCCCAAACCCUUCCCGAUCCCCAGGCCGGCGCCACCGGUCCCGUACGACCGGGCACCCCCGGCGUGUUCGACGGAAAACCCGAGACGCCGGCAGGGUCAGCGGCGGCGGCGCGAUGUACGUGGUGAAGCGCGACGGCCGGCAGGAGUCAGUCCACUUCGACAAGAUCACCGCGCGGCUCAAGAAGCUCAGCUACGGCCUCAGCGCGGAGCACUGCGACCCCGUCCUCGUCGCACAGAAGGUCUGCGCUGGCGUCUACAAGGGCGUCACCACCAACCAGAUCGGCGAGCUCGCCGCCGAGACCGCCGCUGCCAUGACUGCCUCGCACCCGGACUACGCAUCGCUGGCGGGCAGGAUCGCCGUCUCCAACCUGCACAAGAAAACCAUGAAAUCCUUCUCAGAGACGGUAAAGGUUCUGUAUAUGCAUUGCGACGAGAGGUCUGGCUUGAUGGCUCCCAUGAUCGCUGAUGAUGCCUACGAGAUCGUAAUGAAGAAUGCUGCUUGCUUGGACAGUGAGAUAAAUUAUGACCGAGAUUUCGACUAUGAUUAUUUUGGUUUUAAGACACUUGAGAGGUCUUAUCUGUUGAAAGUAGGUGGAAAGGUCGUGGAAAGGCCACAACAUAUGUUGAUGAGAGUUUCUGUUGGCAUACAUAAGGAUGAUAUUGCAUCCGCUGUCAGAACAUACCACAUGAUGUCUCAGCGCUGGUUCACUCAUGCUUCCCCGACCCUUUUCAACGCUGGCACUCCAAGGCCCCAGCUAAGCAGCUGCUUCCUUAUCUGCAUGAAAGAUGAUAGUAUUGAGGGAAUUUAUGAUACUCUCUCAGAAUGUGCUGCGAUAAGCAAAUCUGCUGGAGGAAUUGGUGUAUCAAUUCACAACAUUCGAGCUACUGGGAGUUACAUUCGAGGAACAAAUGGAACUUCUAAUGGAAUUGUUCCUAUGCUACGUGUUUUCAAUGAUACUGCUCGUUAUGUUGAUCAAGGUGGAGGCAAGAGAAAAGGUGCAUUCGCUGUUUAUUUGGAGCCUUGGCAUCCUGAUAUCUUUGACUUCCUUGAUCUAAGGAAGAACCAUGGAAAGGAGGAGAAUCGUGCAAGGGAUCUUUUCUAUGCUCUGUGGAUUCCUGAUCUAUUCAUGGAAAGGGUACAAUGCAAUGGACAGUGGUCACUGUUUUGUCCCAAUGAAGCUCCAGGUUUAGCUGAUUGCUGGGGAGAUGAGUUUCAGAAUCUGUACCAUAAAUAUGAAAGAGAGGGCAAGUCAAAGAAAGUAGUUUCAGCGCAGGCCCUCUGGUUUGAUAUUUUGAAGGCACAGAUAGAAACUGGAACACCCUAUAUGCUUUAUAAGGAUACUUGCAACAGAAAAAGCAACCAACAAAAUCUUGGCACAAUUAAGUCCUCCAACCUGUGUACUGAGAUAAUAGAGUAUACCAGUCCUUCUGAAACUGCUGUAUGCAACCUAGCUUCAAUUGCCUUGCCACGUUUUGUAAGGGAAAAGGGUGUUCCUAUAGAGUCCCAUCCAGCUAAGCUUGUUGGUAGCAGUGGGUCAAAAAAUAGAUACUUCGACUUUGAUAAAUUAGCAGAGAUUACUUCGACUGUUACGUAUAAUCUCAACAAAAUCAUUGAUAUUAGUUAUUAUCCCAUUGAGAGUGCAAGGAGGUCAAAUAUGAGGCACAGGCCAAUUGGGAUAGGCAUUCAAGGAUUGGCGGAUACUUUUAUUUUACUUGGAAUGCCAUUCGAUUCACCAGAGGCCCAGCAGUUAAACAAGGAUAUUUUUGAAACUAUUUAUUAUCAUGCUUUGAAAGCUUCUGCUGAUCUUGCUGCAAAAGAAGGUCCUUAUGAAACAUAUGCUGGGAGCCCUGUCAGCAAGGGCAUUCUUCAACCUGAUAUGUGGAAUGUAGUGCCAUCUGACAGAUGGAACUGGUCGGCAAUAAGGGAGGUGAUUUCUCAAGUUGGAUUGAGGAACUCUCUUCUUGUUGCUCCUAUGCCCACUGCUUCCACUAGCCAAAUUCUUGGCAACAAUGAGUGCUUUGAACCGUACACAUCAAAUAUAUACAGUCGAAGAGUUUUAAGUGGUGAGUUUGUCAUAGUAAACAAGCAUCUUCUCCAUGAUCUGACUGAGAUAGGUGUCUGGUCUCCUAUUCUAAAAAACAAGAUAAUCUAUGAGGAUGGUUCUGUCCAAAAGGUUACCGAGGUCCCAGAUGAUCUAAAAGCAGUUUACAAGACUGUUUGGGAGAUCAAGCAGAAAACUAUUGUUGACAUGGCUGCUGAUCGUGGUUGCUAUAUCGAUCAGAGCCAGAGCCUCAAUAUUCACAUGGAUCAACCAAACUUUGGGAAGCUAACUUCCUUGCACUUCCAUGCUUGGUCGAAGGGCCUUAAGACAGGGAUGUAUUACCUAAGAACACGCGCUGCGGCAGAUGCAAUUAAGUUUACAGUAGAUACUACUCUCCUCAAGGAUAAGCAACAAACUUCAGAGGAAGAGGAUGUCCAGGCUAAAAUGGCACAGAUGGUCUGUUCCUUGAACAACCGGGAUGAGUGCUUGGCAUGUGGAAGUUAGAUCCGUCCAAAUGAUGUCCAGGCUAAAAUGGCACAGAUGGUCUGUUCCUUGAACAACCGGGAUGAGUGCUUGGCAUGUGGAAGUUAGAUCCGUCCAAAUCACUCCUCAUGCUGACCCAGACAAUCUUAUACUAGCUCCAUAGCAUUAUAUCUCUGCAAGCGGCCUGCGGAUGAACCCCGAACUGUGAGGGUACCAAGCAAGCCUUUGCUACCAGAACUUGACUUGUGUACUCAUGCUUAUGCUAUUGUAAAUAUAUAGACCAUGCAUCUAAUAUAAAUGUAUAAUAGUACUCUGUGGUAUCCAUGAUUUAGCCGACAACUGGAUAUGUCAAGCAGAAUGUGCAGAUGUGGCACUUCAAACUAAAUCAGAUAAGAGUAAUGUCAUCUUAGCAGUAGCAGAUGUAG